AAAGCUGAGUGCACGAGGAUUGAGGAGAGACCUUCACACUGGUCUGAGUCUGACACUGAGCCUAGUGCUUAUGAUCCUACCGGCCGAGCAGCAAUUGUGUAUAGCAAUGAUAAAAUGUUUAAAAGGUGUAGCACGACCUGUCUGGGUAUCUCAGCCUAGAAUGAAAGGUAUACGAUCAGGAGUCACAAUGCUGAUGAAUACUGUAGUCCAAUAUACAACAGUUUCAGGUCGAGUGAAGACUCAGAAUGCUGUGGCUACUAGAUGUUUAAAACAUAACUCUAUACGGACAAUAAUGUCUGACAAUCCAUCUAGUGACAGUACAUCUAAUGCUGUGGAGUUACUUGGUCAACUUUACCCCCGUGAUGAGUAUACCAAUGUCACAAGUAAAAUCCUAUCUAAAGUUGGGAAGAACUUGCACAACCAGCAAUAUCAUCCAUUGUGGCUGAUCAAAGAGAGAAUAAAGAAACAUUUCUAUAAGCAGUACACUGGGCGCUUUGGAAAUCCACUCUUUUCAGUCUAUGAUGAUCUGAGUCCUGCUGUCACCACAAAACAGAACUUUGACAGUUUACUCAUCCCGUCAGACCACCCUUGCAGGAAAAUAGGAGACAAUUACUAUUUGAAUUGUUCACAUAUGCUCCGUGCUCAUACCUCGGCCCAUCAGUGGGAUUUGGUACAUUCAGGACUGGAUGCGUUCCUAGCUGUAGGUGACGUGUAUCGUCGUGAUCAGAUUGACAAGAGUCAUUACCCAGUGUUUCAUCAGAUGGAAGGCGUAUGUUUGUUCUCAAACCACAAGUUGUUCACUGAUGUCGAAAAUAAAGAUGCAUGCCAACUGUUUGAGCAAGGCUACCGCACAUCUAACAAACAAGAAACCCACACCCUGGAAGCUGUGAAACUGGUGGAGUUCCGAUUAAAGCAAACACUUUCAAAACUUAUGAAUUAUUUAUUUGGUGAAGGUCUGGAAAUUAGAUGGGUUGAUUGCUAUUUCCCCUUUACACACCCCUCUUUUGAGAUGGAAAUCAAAUUCCAGGGUGAAUGGAUGGAAGUUCUUGGCUGUGGUGUGAUGGAGCAGGCAUUGCUAAACUCCGCUGGCGCUCAUGAAAAAAUUGGAUGGGCUUUUGGACUGGGAUUAGAGAGGCUAGCCAUGAUUUUGUUUGGUAUCCCUGACAUCCGCUUGUUUUGGAGUGAAAAUGAGCUAUUCCUGAAGCAGUUCCAUGUGUCAGAUAUCAAUGAUAAAGUAGAAUUCCAGCUACCGAGCAAGUACCCUGCUUUGACCAAUGACAUCUCAUUCUGGCUACCUAGUGAAGGUUAUUCAGAAAAUGAUUUUUAUGACCUGGUUCGCAGUAUUGGAGGGGACCUUGUGGAGGAAGUGUCCUUAGUUGACGAGUUUCAACAUCCAAAGACACUGAAAAUUAGCCAUUGUUAUCGCAUUAAGUAUCGACAUAUGGAACGGACUCUCACACAGAUGGAAAUCAGCCUAAUACAUAAAAACAUUGAAAAUUCAGCAAUAAAAGUGCUGGGUGUUAAAGGAAGGUUUUAGCACAGAGUCACCAGCCUGAUGUCUUACUUUAGUAUGUAGUAGACUCAUAGAAGAGAU